AUGCGGCGCCGCACCGCUCGUAUGCCCGCGGAUACGCCCUCACGUGUCCGGCACAGAAGCGCAGUGCCGCAGUCGGGGGCGCGGGGGGGCGCGGCGCAGACCUCCGCUCAGUCCGCUCUGCGCUGCGGCCGCGCGAGCAUGUCUGUGUUGCGUGUCGUGUGCCUCGCGCUACUCGCCGCGCUCGUCGCGUGCGUGGAGGAGGACUGCAUCGACUGGGAGGGCAAGUCGGUGCCGCACGGCCUGCUGUACGUGCCGGGGCCUGGCGUGUGCUCCAUCUGCGUGUGCUACCACGCCGAGCCCAUGUGGUGCAAGGCCAUCUACUGCGACCCCCCUUACUUCUGUAAAAACUUCCGCGUCGGUGAAAGAUGCUGCGAAUUCGAAUGUCUCGACCCACCGGGAGAGGACACGAGAUAUCGCGAGCGAGAGCGUCUCAGAGCACUCAUCCUCGCCGGCAACUCCUCCGCGACGCAAGUCAAACCCUCCCUGCGACUGAAAGCCGGCAUUUCCCUCAUAGCGGUAGCCGUCGCGAGAAUGGUCUGAAAAGAACUUGGCCGGCACACUGCCGUGCGCUUAUGGGUAAUGGGUAUACAAUAUUAAUACGAGCUGUCUUUUAACGGUUGGUUAGGAAUUUGGCUGCACUGCUGCCGUGCGCGUAACAGAUAACGGGUAUGCAAUAGGUGUAUCAUCUGUGAUAGCUCUUUAUUUGUAAUUAAUUGCUAUAAUUGUAGAGGAAUUUGACGCCAUAAUGGCAAAAGUGGAUACCUAUACACUAUCUCAUUGAAAAGUGUUACAAAAAUAAUCACAUUCACAUGACAAUUGACCAAAAUGUUGACAUGAUUUAUUCUCAUAGAGAUAGUUUAUUGGCCAGAAUGAUAUGCACCUGUGGAAUGGCAAACUAAAUUGUUAAAAGCUAACAAACACAGCUAUAGAUAUUAAAUACCGAGCUUAAGAAAGAUAAUCUAGUCGCUUUGAUAUCGUAGAACGUCAUCUCUUACGUUUAUAAAUGGGAGUUAGCACUGAUUAUUAUCUUUCUAAAACUCGAUGUUUAAUCUUAAAACAGCUAAAAUACUGUAAUUAUUAUAAUUAGAAAAGUUUCCGAAUUCGCUAUCGUUUUUCUCUAAUUACUCAAAUGCCAAAACAAACACCAAUUUACCUCCUUUUCUCCCUUUUUCACUGAUCUAAUUACUUGUCUUCUAAUACUUUUCCCUAAUAAAUUACCCUCUUUAGAGUUUAGUUGUAAAGCUUUAAAAAAUCUAGUCUUUUAUAUUGAAAUUAAAAGUAAUAUUACAUAAAAAAAACGCUUACCUAUAAUUUUUCUUUGUCCUUCCAAACUACAGUUAGAAAGUAUUGAUUCACAUGUAAAAAUAACUUUUUUAAUUCUAUUAGCUAUCAAACUUUUGGUACACGGUUAAACACCUCUCUAACUAGAAGUAGAUUUUUUUUACUACAUUAAAAAAAAUGUAAAAGACUAGUUUCAAUUGAAAACAAUAAUAUUUCUGUUUGUUUUAUAAUUUUUUACAUAUGUAUAAAUCGUAGGCAGGAUUAAUUUCUUUAUGAUUACAAAUAAUGCUCUAUUUAAAAUAAUUUAUUUAGUAAUAUAAUAAUAAUGAAAUAGCUAUGUAAGUUUUCAAAAUGGACAUAAACGUCGAUGCACUAGGUAGUAUAAAAUGGACUGUCACAUGGCUGUUUUUAAUUUAAAUGAUAAAUGUUUAGAUUUAAUAUUAUAUAAUUAUUUCGCACCGAUAAAAUAAUUAGAAGAGAAAAAAAAACCUUCGGACCAAUUUUAUGUAAACGAUUAGUAUGGUGUACUUCGUUAUAUAUUUUCCCUGGUUAAUUUCAAUGUUUGUAUGUCGUGUCCGGUAGAAUAAUAACAUAAUAUAAUACAGCUUGGGUCAUUAAAGUUGAAACAGUGCAUUUACUCCUGGGAUACCUACUCAUAGCAUUGAUAUAUUAAUAUCAUUAUCUAUUUUUUAGUACAUACAACAAAGUUAUAAUGAUUAUUUUACUAAUUAUUAAAAACAUACUUUACAUUAUAUACAGUAAAAGCUCAUUCUUAUUCACGCUUCCUUUAUUCUCGUUUUCACUAUUCGCGGAUUAAUAAAUUGCGUCCUAAUUCUUAUAUUCCCGGCUAAAUAUUUCGUUAUUCGCGGAUCUAACUGACGUAAAAUCUGCAAAUUUAAACUUUAACUUGCAAAUACCUAUUGUCGAAAUUACAAAUGGAUGGUUUAAAAUUUCAAGUUUACUGCAUAAAAUGUCAAGCACUGCAAAAGCAACUGAAGAUUCUCUUUAUAUAUUUGUUUUUUUAUUUUGUCACCAAAGAACGUAUCCCGUAGAAUCCUAUAUUUUAUUUAUUUAUUAUUAUUCUACAAAAAACAUAUUUAAAUUAUGCCUUACCAUAGUGUAACACAAACCACAGUUGGUUUUACUGUGCACUGGUAUAUAACAUAAUACAAUAAUUAAGAAAAAAAAUAAUUACAAAAUAAAAAGAGAAAAAAAAAUAAAACACAAUCAUUAGCGGGUAGUUGAAUAAAUAUCAUAAUUAUAGUGUGAGUGAACCGCUGCUGCGACGCUACACAGGCUGUCCCAAACAGUAUUCCUUUAGUUUCCGCAUAAGUACGUUCGUAAAUAUAUUCAUAUAUUUUAAAAGAUUUUUUUUAUAUAAAAUACCAUUCCAUAUUCACUGUUUCUGUAUUCGCGACACAGUUAGAGAACGUAUCCCCCGCGAAUAAUGAGCUUUUACUGUACUUGAAAACAUUUUGUCGCAGUUUUUUCAUUUUGCGUUGUGUUUAUACGUUUUUAUGAUUUGGUCAUACAUAGUCAUUCUGGACUUCUGGGCAGUAACUACUUUUUCAACUUUUCUGUCUCAAGUGUGCAGUUAGCAUAAAAAAUACAUAAGUUUAAAACUUGAAAUAAAUAAGUGAUCACAGAUAUUUGGUCCCAAAUGCUAACUGUACAGUCAUACUCGUAAUAUUAGUUAUACAAUGUACAACUAAUAUGUAAUAUAUUAUUUAUAUGUAUAUAAUAAAUUUUCAAAUAUAUAUUUAUAUGUAUGAACUGUGGUCCAUAAUACUCGUACUGAUAAUACGAAAACGAUUUUGCAAAAAAGGCUUGAAUAUUUUGCUAUGUCGGUCUGUAUUCUCUUAUGUUUCUUGAAACUUGAAACAUAAGUCGAUUACAUGAAAUUACUUAUCAAGUAAAAAUAGCAAAAUGUGUGUUUGUCGAUCAUUGAAUGUGGACCAUAAAAAAAAAUAUUCGUUAAAUUAACAAUGCCGCACUGAACUUGGUGAUUGCACUACCGUGCGCUCAAUUUGAACUUCAUAAGCUCGGAAGUUUAACAAUUCGGAAAAUGAAAUGAUGAUGAUGUUCAAUUCCCAACUUUUACUCUAUGGUUACCUUCUCCUUCUGACAUGAUUGGAGAUUUUAGAAAUAUGUAUAUAUAAUAUAUAUUUCAUGUAAAAAUAUAUAUUGAAUGUCAGUCAAUUUUUAAUAAAAUAUCUUUCAUUACGGAUGGAACGCAACUUAAUUUUCAAUACCGGGGAUGCAAUUUACGAGUAGGUACUAUAACCACACGAAUAUCACGGUCUGCUUACUCUAUAUAAUUGCGGUUGUGAUGUACCGUCACUAGAUUUUCUAUGCCUCAAUGGAAGUGCGUUAGCGUUUGCCGUUCGUCCGUGAUGUAGGAUAAUUAAAUUAUUAAAUAAUUAAUUAUCAUAAAAUCUGUGUGCCUUACACAGCCAUACAAAUAGUAAUCACAUUAUUUCCCUGAGGUAUUUUCGUUUUGCGUCCGUUAUGGUAAUAUACGUCAGUGAUAUAAAAAAGUAAGUACGAGUAGGUACUGGCAAGAUAUCUUCUUAAUUUAUGUAUACCAAAUAAAAUUAAAUAUGCUAGACCGCACUACGGUUUAUCGCUCCAAUAUGACAUUUUUGUACAAAUUAACUUUUAUUGUAUAGGUACUUCAUUUGCUUAAGUUACAUAACAUUGAUUGUUAUAUUCCAUGGACGUACACUGUUGGAUGGUUCCUGUACCUGUACGGUGUCAUCAACACGGUCUUUAAUCAUAUCAGGUAGCUUCCUACAUCCCGUAUAAUUAAGUUGGUUUACCUAGUGGGUGUUCGACUAACAUUACACAUUCUGAUGCGGGUCGCCAUUGCAGUACCUUGGGACAAGUCCAUCGGUUUAACGAACUGUGUGUUUACCCAUUACCACUCUAAUAUUUAUAUUGUACGGCUAGGUGUAAUGUAUAAUAAAUUUAUUUUGCUGCGGACACUAUUGCGGAUGUUGAAAAAUUUUUCUGCAACGUUGUUGAAUAACCUUCAGAAUAUGAUACCGUCUGGAAGCAGGAAGUGAGACGUACGCUGUGACUUCGUACGUACAUUUUAUACGUAAUCCAUUUGAAACUUAAUUGAGUGAUACAUACAAAAUAUUUCGUAGCAUACCUACUUUCUAUUGAAUAUCAUUAAAUGACAAACGGGUUCGGUGGAUAUCAAUUUUUAAAUCGACCGAUUCAGCGAAUACCCACUCCAUCAGUGUAACGUUUCUCAAGGAUUUGAUUUGCGAGAUAAAUCGUACACAAAUACAUACUCGAUUAAACUUCAUAUUCUACCGCAAACGCCGGCUUCUAUUUGAUAUCCAUGUAUAAAAUACAUUUUUUAUUUUUAUAUUAGACGACCGGAGAAUACCGUAGUGCGAUCCCAACUAUCUCUUCACGUCUUUAUGAAUCAUGUAGAUAGGCACUUUGAAAUUGUAGCUUUAAAUUACAUUCUUUAUCAUAUCUAGAGAUGGUUUCACGGCGAUGGCCCGGGGCGGUAUUCCCGUAAGUAAAUAAAUGAAAUUUUAUGUAGGAAUGUCGAUAUAUUAGCAAGAUAUAUUGUAGAAAUAAAGUGAAAGAAAUAUAGAGGGUAUCGAGAGCUUUAAAAUUAAACUAAUUGAGUUCAUUUUAUUUCGUCGUUUAUCAAAACACUGCAAUGCUAUCAAACUAAAUAAAUUGCGAUUGUUAAUCAAUGCACUGAAAGUUUGACUUGCAUGUAACUUUAACAUAUACAUAUAUGUGCAUACGCUUUAAGGUUUUUUUUUAAUAUUUAUUACGCUACUAGGAAUUAGUCAUUCCUGAACGGCGAAGCCAAUGAAUGCUAAAUGUAUUUAAAAAUCAUAUUUUAAUAAUUUGAAUCAUAAUAAUAAUCAAUCUUAUUGAAGUUAUAUUAUUUAAUUAUAAAUAACCCAAUAAAACUUGACAUGAAAGUAUGUUGUAGUAAGAAGUAUAAUUUUAUUUAUAUUAACUAUAUAGAUAUAUAUUGGGACCGACCCCGGUGCUUAGGGCGCUAUCUUUCAUAUCAUCGGCUAUUAGGGUUUUAAUAUAUGUAGAGCGACGUAGGAUAAAACACAAUUUUACGCAUCGAUUCAUUCUCACACUAUUUUCAUAGAUAUAUUACGUAGAUAUUAGAUAAAAUACAAUAUUAAUAACAGAUUGGAUUGUCGAGAUCCAUAAAUAACAUAAACUGAAGUUCUUAUCAAGAUAAUAUUGGGAACAGAGAUAAUAUUACUAGUGAUUCUCCAUUGUAUGCAUUCUUUAUCAAUCACAAAUAUUAUUUAGCAAAAUAUUUUAAAGAAUUGCAAAAAGUAAGUAAAUUGCAGAAAAUAUUAAAUGUAGGUAUAAUUUUUUAUUAGGUUUUUAUUUAAUAAUAAAUCAUUAUUAAUUUUCGUAAUUGUGAGGUACAAUUAAUUUGAUUUAAUUAAAAAAUAAUAAUUCAGAUUGUAAACAAUUAUUAUUAUUAUGUAGUUAAAUCAUUUGACUCGUCGUAGCAAACAUAUUGCUGAAAAUAUGUAAAUUAUUGGUAGUGUUGUUUCGUUAUACCCACUAGCCACUAUGUACCAAAAACAAUUGUGUUUUAUAUAUAUUGUAUUGUAAUAUAUAUUGUAAUCGAUAAUUAGGUAGGGAGGUAUAUGAUUUUCGUUUUAAAUGUUACUACUGAUUAUUUUGAUCCCAAUAUUGUCUUAAUCGAAAAUGAAAUUUAAAAAAGGUUUUAUCUCUUAUGCUUGACAAACACUUGUAGUAAGUAAGUAUGACGUCAUGGUCAUAUCAUAAUCAAUGUAGCUUUGACAAUAAAAAAACCUUGCCGCAAUGCGGUUCACACUUCAUGAAAAUAGCUACAUUACAUCUCAAACAAGUUAACAAUACAUCCAAUUGAAAUGUGAUAUAAGGGAGUUAUUUUCUAUUACGAAAUGAAUUAUAUCAUAUAUUUAUUUCUAAUUAAUAUAAGCUAAGGAAAAAUGCAUUAUUCGUUUUUUUGUAUCUAUGUUUUUGAUUGAAAAAGCUUUGUUGUUGCACUGCCGUGCGCCCUGUUUAAGUUAAGGCGAUAGCAUACUUAAAACUUACGACGCUGCCAGCAAGAAAGCAUCAAAAAAUAAUGAAGAAUUUCGUAUAGACAGACUUACAUAAAACAACCGGCGCGCAUUACUUGGUAUUGAGGUUUUAAGUAUAUUUUCAUCUUUACAAUCAUAAUACAUAUUGUAUGAAACCAUAAUGUACCUUACUUGAAAUAAGUCUUUUUUAAUAAAAAUAAUGCAUUCAUUUUAAUGUAGAAUGAAAUGAUGCGAGGAUAUUAUUUAUAUAUACAUGAUAUUUUUUAAAUUAUUGAAAUUGUAAAUAGUUAUUUAAGUGCAAGUAUUUAGCUCAUAUUAUAAAUCUUAGUCUUAAAA